AUGGACAUGUCUCAACGACCCAACAUCGAGCUUUCCGGCAUCCUGCACCAACGCACAGGCGUCCCCGCCGAUCACAUCGACCCCAACCACCCCUACUUCCCCCACGACGACGAAGCCCAGCUGCCCCCACGCCCAUUCUACGCACGGCACUCACUUUUCACCAAGAAGAGAUUCAUCAUCCCCACCUGCACGACACUAAUCGUAGCCCUACUCAUCGCCGCCCUACUCGGCGGCAUCAAAAUUGGUCUGUCCAGUCCACACAACGCAAGAUCCAACGACUAUAACAACAACGGUACGUACGACGCCUACGAAGACGGUCCCGUUCGAGGCGCCGGUUCGACAGACGCCGGUGAAGCCUGUGGAAAGUAUUUGCAGUGA